AAGCCCAGCCCUAUCAGAGGAGCCACAGCCUCCUGGCGGAUCACGGCCCAUGCGCAGCGCAAAGAGGCUUUUUUAUUCUGUUUGAAUGAGGAAAAACUCGCCUCUGCUUGUCUGAAAGCUGUCACAUGGGUCCACGGAGGAAAACAAUCGCUUCCUGAAAUGAUUCUCGCCUUCUUUGCGCUCUGUUGUUCUUCGCCCUUCCCCGUUUCCACCGUGGUGGCGCAUCGCUUGUAAUUUGCUUUUUUUUUUUUUUUUUUCUUCUCGCCCGGAUCUUUUGGCCCACAGCGGGUCGGUGCCGAAGAUGAUCAGCAAAGUGAAAAACGCGAUGUCGAACUUGGUGGGAGGGAUGAUGCCUCAUGGACAUCACCACCACCACCACAAUCAUCACUCAGGUGGAGGCCAGAACUGCGGACAGGAAGGCUUGCCGCAUCGCUUCCCUUACGGCCGACCGGAUUUCUUGGACCUCACCCCGGAGCUCCUGCAGUACUCCACCGAGCACGCCACACGGCCGGUGGUCACCUUAAAGAGAGGCACCAGGCUUCCCUGGGGAACUGGAUACGCAGAGGCAAUCAACGCGGGGAAGAGCAUGCUGAAUGAGGACCAGGCCUCUUGUGAGAAGCUAUUUGUGAGAAAGCCGAGCGGCAAAAACAGAAACUCCACUGUGGUAGACGACAACGGGGAUAACACAGGGAUCCCUCUUCACUUCUGGGGGGUUUUCGAUGGCCAUGCAGGUUCUGGCGCAGCCAUCAUGGCCUCCAAGCUUCUUCACCGCAUUAUCAGAGACGGACUAGGGGAGAUCUGUCACCUCUUAGAGAAUCCCAACAGUGCCCCUCCUAUCUGCUUGGCCAAGAACGGCAGCCCUUUCCAGGCAGAGGCGAAAAAAGGAGCAACGCAGGAGGUGGGAGAAAACCCCGAUGCUGUAUGCGAUGCCUCGGUGCGCUUUUACAUGGAGAAGGUCGUCAGCCUGGAGAGCUUGGUGAUGGGAGUAAUAGAAACCGCCUUCAAACAGAUGGAUGACCUCAUUGAGAGGGAAAAAACUUCAUAUACCAUUUCUGGUGGCUGUUGUGCCUUAGCUGUCAUUUAUUUAAUGGGAAAACUCUAUGUAGCCAAUGCUGGAGACAGCAGGGCCAUAAUUAUACGAAACAAUGAAGUCAUUCCAAUGACGAAUGAAUUCACCCCUGAGUCUGAGAGACAGCGACUACAGUACCUGGGCGUCCUUAGGCCUGCACUUCUGGGUAACGAGUUCACUCACAUUGAGUUCCCUCGGAGGAUCCAGCACAGUGAGCUGGGCAAGAAGAUGCUCUACAGAGACCACACCAUGACUGGCUGGGCCUAUAAGACAAUUGUUGAAGAUGAUCUGAAAUUCCCACUGAUAUAUGGAGAGGGGAAAAAGGCUCGUGUAAUGGCAACAAUUGGGGUGACUCGUGGGCUGGGAGAUCAUGACCUGAAGGUGUACAACUCCAACAUCUACAUCAAGCCCUUCCUGUCAUGUGUCCCUGAGGUAAAGGUUUAUAACCUGGAUGAGAACAAACAUGGACCAGAUGACGUCCUGGUUAUGGGCACAGAUGGACUGUGGGAUGUAACGACAGACAAGGAAGUGGCAGAAGCUGUUUCAACCUACCUGUCACGCUGUGAUCCAUCUGAUCCCAUGAGAUAUACACUGGCAGCACAGGAACUACUGAUGAGGUCCAGAGGUGUGCUAAAAGAGCGCGGCUGGCGGCUACCCAAUGAAAAACUGGGCUCAGGUGAUGACAUCACUGUGUUUGUCAUCCCGCUGGCAGGACACGAGUCAGAGACCUGAUGAGCUUCAUUGCAGUGCAGCCUUCCUAUUAGUCCCUUUUAACUUCAUGAAUAAACCCUGGAACGACGAGGCAGUGGAAGACAAAAAGAUGACUUUCACUGGAAAGGCUUGGGUCUAAACAGCACCUUCAUUGACUUUAUUACUACGACCCACCUUUCUAUAGUUCAGUUCUAUCUGACUCCUUUGGUUGAUUUCUGAUUAUUCAAAAAGCAUUGAAUUAUUAGAGAAGUACAUUUUUUUUCUCCCAAAUUUGCUGUUUGUGAUAUACACAAAAUCCUUGUAGUAUUUUUUUUGUUUGUUUGUUUAUUUAUGUCUAAAGCCAGGGCUGGAACAAAAUCUUUUAAAGAUCUUUGUUUUAUUGCAAUCCCCAAGAUGCUACUACUUAUAUCUAAAAAGAAAAAGCCUCCUUAUAGUUAUAAAAUGAUUAAAUAAAUGGGUUUGUUACUGAAGUUGUGAGGCAACCAAAGAAAUGCUCCUGCAGUAUGAGUAUGAAAAACACAAUUAUUCACAAAAAUCAUUAAUUAAACAAUAUGUAUAAAAAAAAAAAAAAGGAAGAACGAAGAGAAGACAAACGAAUGGACCUUUUUGGCACUGGACCCAUAAUAUGUUGCAGUAUUUCAGUAGAAAAUAAUGAAUGAAAAUGACGACACCUGAGGCACUUGAAAGUCUGUUGCACAUGUUCUGUAGUAGCUUAUUAGUUAGUGUUAUCCUUUGAUUGAAUGUGCUCAUAGAAGACCUAUUACAUUUUAUUACAACAGAUGGGAUUGUUGGUUAUAAAUAUGUUUGGUGAUGAUAAGAAGGAAGUUGUUCAUGUUUUUAUGCAACUGUAAGCUUUUUUUUUAUUUCUUUUUUUAUUUAGCUGACAGGGCAAACAGUAUCAAGUUCUCCAUGUCUUGCUAUAAUCAGAAGUUAUGUUUCACACAUAUGCCUUAUUAGAACAUGAAAGGGACUGAAGAGUUUCCAUUGCACUAAAUUUGAAUCAUGUAAAAGAGGCACAAAAAAAAAAGAAUACAUUGUACGUCUUUAUCUGUACCUCAUACCUCUUUUGUACUGUUUAGGUUAUGUCAUGUCGAACUUAGAUUUUACAUAUAUAUUUUUUGAAAUUUCUUUUGCUUGUAAACGAAUUGUAUUUUUAUUUCCUAUCCAUAACUGUUGGUGUGUUCAAGAAUCAGAGGUACCAAAAGGUAUGAUAAAAGGACAAUUUGAUUCAGUUUGAAAGAAUAAAAUUUUUUUUUUUUUCCCA